AAAAUUUGGAUACGGCAAGAAAAUUAAAGAAGUAAAAUGAAAUGGAAAGUUUUAGUUAUUUUGUGGAUCUGCAAAAUUACAGACUGCGUUUUGGACCUAACCCUUGUACUUCAAACACCAAUCGUUGCUUACAACGAAGAAGUUGUCAUGAAAUGUGUUGGGAGCAAUACCUUGUUUCACCCAUUGUCGUUUCCGUUUAAAGUGGAGGCAGAUAUUGGGCGUGGAACAAAUUUAACUCAUCAGAGAGUAUAUGGAAGAAUUGAACCAGAGUCAUGGCCUGGGAGACAAGUGAAAAUUUUCGAAUCGGUCCUCGCUGAAAAGUUCGGGAUAUUUUCGUGCACUGGGAGAGAUGCAAGUUCUGGAGAAACGACAAAAGCAUCUGGAGUUAUUAUGUCCAAAAACGCGCUCAUUUUCCCAACCUCACUGAGCUACCGUGCUUCCAUCAACGAAUUAAUCACGUUGAAUAUGAUCCAAGCACAGAGAAUGCCAAUUGAUGAACUAGUGUGGUAUCAUUUGUUGAAUUAUGCAUCUCCUAGAAGAUUAGCUGUUGGGCAACUUCAACUAAACAUACAAAGUGCCAAAAAGGAAGAUUCGGGGCCAUAUCUCAUCUUUUUCCCAGUAAAUAAUCCAAUCAGAAGAGUUCUACUGCAAGCUCUAACUAGAGUUGUUGUUAGAAAUUGUAUUGCUGACAUGUUUGGAGAAAAUUGUGAUCAAGUUUGCCCUUCUUGUGAAAAUGGAGGAAUCUGUGAUGAUGUAUCAGGAAAUUGUAUUUGUCCUCCAGGAUUUAUGGGAGAGUUAUGUCAGAUAGGAUGUGGUCCAAAUAAAUUUGGAAGAAGAUGCCAGUAUCUUUGCUCCGAGGAUCCGGGAGCGGAUCAAGAUGCUGGAUGUAAAGGGAAGAUGUUUUGUUUGGCAGAUCCUUAUGGUUGUUCUUGUUCAACAGGAUUUUCUGGGAUAAUUUGCACUUUAGAAUGUCCUAAGGCCAAAUAUGGAGAAGGGUGUAUGCAUGACUGCCAUUGCCAGUCAGAUGAAUGCAACCCAUACACUGGAGUUUGUUUACAUGGCUGUUCUGAAGGGUGGACAGGCUCAAACUGCCAACAGCCUUGCCCUGACAACUAUUUUGGCAUAAACUGCAACAGAACGUGCGGAUUUUGCGCCAAUAAUGGUGUCUGUGAUAUUUUCACUGGACACUGCCCUUUAUUUAAUGAGGAUUCUUCUAACACAGAGGAAUAUGUCACUGUCUGUCAGUUCAGUUACUUGCCUCCAUUUUGUAUUGAAAAAUGCAGAAACGGAACUUGGGGAGAAGACUGCAGAAAUAACUGUCAUUGUAGGAAUAAUACAGCGUGUGACGUAGCCACUGGUUCUUGUGAAGAAAGCAAAGAUAAUACGGCUGGUAUUACAUGUAAUAGAGAACGAAUUUCUCGGCGCCUGCCUCUGACCCAGAGGCCAGCAAAGCUAUUAGGUUUAAGGCUUGUCGCUGCUACUGUUUUGGGAAUUGAACCAGAGUCAUGGCCUGGGAGACAAGUGAAAAUUUUCGAAUCGGUCCUCGCUGAAAAGUUCGGGAUAUUUUCGUGCACUGGGAGAGAUGCAAGUUCUGGAGAAACGACAAAAGCAUCUGGAGUUAUUAUGUCCAAAAACGCACUCAUUUUUCCAACCUCACUAAGCUACCGUGCUUCCAUCAACGAAUUAAUCACGUUGAAUAUGAUCCAAGCACAGAGAAUGCCAAUUGAUGAACUAGUGUGGUAUCAUUUGUUGAAUUAUGCAUCUCCUAGAAGAUUAGCUGUUGGGCAACUUCAACUAAACAUACAAAGUGCUAAAAGGGAAGAUUCAGGGCCAUAUCUCAUCUUUUUCCCAGUAAAUAAUCCAAUCAGAAGAGUUCUACUGCAAGCUCUAACUAGAGUUGUUGUAAGAAAUUGUAUUGCUGACAUGUUUGGAGAAAAUUGUGACCAAGUUUGCCCUUCUUGUGAAAAUGGAGGAAUCUGUGAUGAUGUAUCAGGAAAUUGUAUUUGUCCUCCAGGAUUUAUGGGAGAGUUAUGUCAGAUAGGAUGUGGUCCAAAUAAAUUUGGAAGAAGAUGCCAGUAUCUUUGCUCCGAGGAUCCAGGAGCGGAUCAAGAUGCUGGAUGUAAAGGAAAGAUGUUUUGUUUGGCAGAUCCUUAUGGUUGUUCUUGUUCAACAGGAUUUUCUGGGAUAAUUUGCACUUUAGAAUGUCCUAAGGCCAAAUAUGGGGAAGGGUGUAUGCGUGACUGCCAUUGCCAGUCAGAUGAAUGCAACCCAUACACUGGAGUUUGUUUACAUGGCUGUUCUGAAGGGUGGACAGGCUCAAACUGCCAACAGCCUUGCCCUGACAACUAUUUUGGCAUAAACUGCAACAGAACGUGCGGAUUUUGCACCAAUAACGGUGUCUGUGAUAUUUUCACUGGACACUGCCCUUUAUUUAAUGAGGAUUCUUCUUACACAGAGGAAUAUGUCACUGUCUGUCAGUUCAGUUACUUGCCUCCAUUUUGUAUUGAAAAAUGCAGAAACGGAACUUGGGGAGAAGACUGCAGAAAUAACUGUCAUUGUAGGAAUAAUACAGCGUGUGACGUAGCCACUGGUUCUUGUGAAGAAAGCAAAGAUAAUACGGCUGGUAUUACAUGUGAGCCUGGCUGGCAAGGGGGAAAAUGUGACGAACCAUGUAUGCCUGGUAACUAUGGGGAAAAAUGUUUACUCGAAUGCGGGAAUUGCAUCAACGGAAGUAGCUGUCACCAUGAAAGUGGGGAAUGUAUUGUAAAUAACGGAUCGUGUGAAAAAGGUUUUAAAGCAAAGAUGUGUGUUUCGUUCUGUGAUGAUGGAUUUUUUGGUGAAAAUUGUUUAACCCCUUGUAACUGUGCUAAUGGUACAACAUGUAAUCCAGUUACUGGGAAAUGUUCAGGUUACUGUCAACCAGGCUGGACAGGAAUAAGCUGCUGGGAGUCUUGCCCUACAGGUACUUACGGUCUAAACUGUUCUCAAGAAUGUGGGAACUGUUUGGAGACCGAUAAUGGCCCAGUUUGCGAUUUAGCGUUCGGGACUUGCAAUGCUGGUUGUAGGAGGGCAUGGACUGGAGCACGUUGCUUAAAUGGAGUCCUAUGUGCUCAAAAACCUUGUUUAAAUGGAGGCAGCUGUGAACAAUCUGGGGAUAUAUACAGAUGUCAUUGCCUGGUGGGAUAUUCUGGCUCGCACUGUGAGGAAAUAAUACCUGUUUGUGACUCAGCACCUUGUAAUAACAAUGGAACAUGUAUUGAAAAUUCGCUGAAUCAUACUUUAUUCGAUUGUAUGUGUGUGGCUAACUAUACUGGCGAUUUUUGUGAAGUUGAACCAACACCAUUAGAGACAAUUGAUCCAGAUCAAGAUGAUUUUCCUCUUGCUCUUAUCCUCACUUGUCUCUUCCUAUUCAUCAUUCUGAGCUCAAUUUUCCUCAUUUUUAAAUAUCGUGGCAAAAAGAAACAAUUAUCAAUUUCCCCAACACCACUGCCUGAAGAAAAUUCCUCAGAAACAAUUGAAACACCAAUUCAAGAACUACAAGAACCAGAAGAACCACAGAAAGUUGAAACACCAGAACCACAAGAAAGUAUAAAUUCUGAACCAGAAACACCAACACCAGAAACACCAAAACUAGAAACACCAAAACCAGAAACACCAAAACUGGAACCACCAAAACCAGAAUUACCACGCACCAAUACAGGGAUCAAAUUUUCUGACAUGAGUAUUCCGCCGAGCGAAACAAUUGCGCAUGUGACACCAAUGGACCACAAUACCGUUUCAUCCUCACCAGAUGUCUCUAUUGAGCCAGAGUCCGCGAAUGUAAAAAAAGUUUCCGAAUUUCAAAACAAAAUUUCAGAAAAUUUUGACGACCCCUUUAACUCAAUAACACCUCCCCAAAACAAGUUCGGUUGUGGCGCCACCACUGCCCCCUUGUGGCCCAACAGAUGAGGUAGAGGAGCAGAGCAACAUUCGGAAGUCUGUACUUCCAGCUCCAAGGACACGUUUUGAUUCCCAAACUUUAAGUCGGCUUAGCGAAAUAAGCCUUUAUAAUUUUUACAACUCCCGCAGGUCGUCUGUGCAUCCUCUCGGAGCAAGUCCGCAGCGAGAUUCUACUCUCUCUUCCGGAGGAUGCGCUCUUAGGGACUCCCGGAGGACCCCUGUUUUAGGAGUUCCGACCAGGGACUCAAAAUUGCUCAUUACAGAGUCUCGAACUGCAGACGAGGAAUUUGAAAUGGAAUCAAGAAAAGGUUCGAUGGUGGGAAGAGGAAAUUUUGUAAGAGCGAGCAUUUUUUCAGCUUCGAAAACAUGAAAAUCUAUAAUCCGGUCAAGAAAUGGUUGUUCUUUUCCAACUUUGCAAAAUUUUAAAUUAAAAUUUGAUUUAAAAAAAAAAUCU